AUGACUGUAUUUUUCUUAUUAUGUUUUGUAGAUACCGAUCAAUCAUCUUCCAUGACAACGAUCGAAGAGAAACACAGUGUUCAGCAAACAACAGAUGCUGACAAGGUAACAUCAGUCGAAACAACACUAACUGAAGAGAUAUCAAUAGACGAGACUACUGACGCAGUUCUAUCAACUUUAAAUGAACAGGCUACUUCAACAAUAAUUGAAGAUUCCAGCGCGAUGCCAGCUUUUUCAACAUCCAUUGUCAGGAGAUUAUCAAUGUGA